UGUUAUGAUCAAAUUUUAAAAAAUGACAGCUUAAUCAGCUGUGCUCGUCAUUCAUUCACAGCUGUGCGUCAUUCAUGUAAAUAAAUAGCUUCAAACGCUUGAUUGUUGUUUUGUAAGUUAACUUUAUUUUGUUGUGAGUGAUUUUAUGUACACAACAUUACAACAUGAUUCCAUUCAAAUCAAGAUAAUUGUUCUAAUCUAAUCAAGUGUCACUUUUGUUUGCCUUUUAGAAUUAUAACCUCUAAUUUAAUCUAAGUCUAAUUUUAAUGAGUGGAUUUGUAACAUUAUUAUUUUGAACAAGUUCAUCGCCAUCAACAGAAGAAAAGAACAAAAUGUCCCAUUUAAAUACGGUUUAUUUAGUGGUUGGAGGUGGUAUAGCUGGAGUGACUUGUGUUGAAUCUUUAGCUAUUUUACAUCCAGAGGAAAGUCUAGUCCUGAUAACUGCAUCAUCCCUGGUAAAAAAUGUCAGCAAUGUGAGUUUUUUCGCCAAGACGAUAGUCAAGUUUGACGUUAAUGAAACUGAGGCAAGUUCUCUCCAAAAGAUUCAUCCAAACUUAAGAAUUGUGUAUGAUUCUCUCAAGCAAAUAGACACCAAAAAUAAAAUAGCAAUUACUGAUGGUGGUGUAGAAGUGAGAUAUAAUGUAAUAUGCAUUUGUACUGGUGGUAUACCAAGACUUAUAUCAGAUUCAAGUAAAUCUAAGAGAAUAUUAGGCAUAAGAGAUACUGAAUCUGUGCAAGAAUUUCAAGAAAGGUUAAAACAUGGCAGACGUAUGGUUAUUGUUGGUAAUGGCGGUAUUGCAUCAGAAAUAGUGCAUGCUACUAGAGGUAUCCAAAAAAUUUGGGUGAUAAGAGAUGAUUACAUUUCUGCUACUUUUGUAGACCCAGGAGCUGCAGAAUUUUUCCAAGAUUCCUUCAAACAUACAGCGACUGAAGAUGGCACUAAUAAAAAUACAAUUUUACGUCGUCAUGUGUUUACAGAAGAAGACACUGUAGUUUCGCUUAACAAAAAUCUCAAAUCAGCUGCAUUGGGCCCAGAUUGGUAUAGAAAACUAGAAAAUAUAAGGAAUGACCAUGGAGAACAAGAAUUAGAAAUUAUUUACAAAGUAGAAGUUAAAUCUGUACUUGAAAAUGAUUCAGAAUAUCCUUUAAGAAUAGAGCUUACCAAUGGGAAAGUCAUAGAUUGUGAUUUUGUUAUAUCAGCUACAGGGGUUGAGCCAACUGUAAAUUUUACAUGGGAUCAGGAGCCUCAAAAGGGUCCAGAUGGAGGUUUAUCUGUUAAUGAAUUCCAAGAAACUACUGUGCGAGAUGUGUUUGCUGCUGGUGAUGUAGCAUAUGCUGCGUGGGAGCAUGCUCCUCAUUGGUUCCAAUUGAGGCUAUGGACACAAGCGAGAAAUAUGGCUGGAAUGGCAGCAAAGGCAAUGCAUGCUAGAAUCACCAACCAAGAAGUUCUACAAGACUUUUGCUUCGAGCUAUUUACACAUUGUACCAGUUUAUUUGGAUACCGAGUUGUAUUAUUAGGAAAAUAUAAUGGACAGGGAUUAGGAAAUGAUUAUGAAAUUUUACUAAGGUAUACACCCCGAGUAGAGUACAUUAAGUUUGUUCUUCAGAAUGGAAGAUUACAAGGAGCAAUAUUAAUUGGUGAAACUGAUUUAGAAGAGAUGUGUGAAAACUUAAUUCUUGAUCAAAUAGAUUUGACACCAUUUGGUGACGAUAUUUUAAACCCUGACAUAGAUAUUGAUGAUUAUUUCGAUUGAGGUCUUUUCUGUUAACUUUGUAUUAAAAACUAAAUGCAAAGAUGCCUAUUCGUUUCAUUUUAUGUGCAAUGAAAAUAUUAUCAAGCUUUUCCUAUAAUAUAAAUUCCCUGCUAUAAUGGUAUUGCAUUAUACACAGUAAGUAAAUUC